CAUUUCUUUCAAGCAUCAUUGGUCUAGUGGUAGAAUUCAUCGUUGCCAUCGAUGAGGCCCGUGUUCGAUUCACGGAUGAUGCACGACUUUCGCUCCUAUGGCUCAGUUGGUAGAGCGCAUGACUAGUAAUCAUGAGGUCCGCGGUUCAAAUCCGCGUGGGAGCAGUUGUUUUUACUUUUUUUCCUACCCGAGCUGCUGCUUGUGUUUCCUUCAGUUUUCCUCCAUACUUUCUUUCGUCCUAUGCAACUUUCCAACAUCCCUACUAGUCUUAAUCGCCCCCGCAGUCAGUUAUAUCUCUACACUUACUAAGUGGUGACUUGUGGAAUUCGGUUCUACCCAUAAAACCGAUACUUGUAUAAAUACUUGAAGUGGUAUCAAUU